CGUGAAGACAAAGAGGGAGUUAAUAAAAUGGUUAGAGAUGUGAAAUACGACAUUUCAGUGGAUAAAGUUGAAUUUUUCGUUGAUGAACUCUGAUAAUGACGAUGGGAUUGAGGAUGGUACAAUGAAAGUACGGAUUAAACCACGAGUAUUCGUUGAUGAGGGUCUGAAAGACAGAGAGAAGACUGUGGGAUUCAUCAAACGCACUGGGCACAAUUAAAGUUCGGUGUUAUGUUAGAGUCAGUAGUUCAUCCUCUCCGAGGGCAUCGUCUGCUCGCCCUCCUGCUGAUAAUCUCCGCCCAAAUUCUCCUGACGCACUCAGCAGCCUUUCCAGACUGGACAGACUGCCCGGCAGUAUGCCGUUGCCGUUGGACCUCGGGGAAGAAAUCGGCAUUCUGCCCAGAUGCGGGUCUCACCUCCCUCCCUGCCUCCCUCGAUCCGGAGAUGCAGGUGCUCGACCUCUCCGGUAACCAGAUACCCGCAUUGCAAGCCGAGAUCUUCAAGCGCGCUGGCCUCGUCAAUCUCCAAAAGGUUUUCCUCCGUAACGCGGGCAUCCACGAAAUUCAUCCGGACGCCUUUAGAGACAUGAGAAUUCUCGUGGAAGUUGAUCUCUCCGACAACCACGUGACAAGCCUCGAACCGAACACCUUUCUCGGUAACGAGAGACUCCGAAUCCUGACACUAUCCGGAAAUCCCCUAAAAAGAUUGAAAUCCCGACAAUUUCCGGAGCUCGGACACUUGAGAAAUCUCGAGUUACAGCAUUGUGGAUUAGUAGAGAUCCACGGAUUAGCCUUUACCGGCUUAACAGGUCUCGAAUCCCUGAAAUUGGACAACAAUCAGCUGUCGCACCUCGAGUCAAGGACGUUGUCAGUCCUCCCAAGUCUAAAGACCUUGACCCUCGACAACAACAAGUGGUCCUGCGACUGCCGACUGAAGUCCUUCCGCAGCUGGCUGAUCCCGGAGACCCCGCGCAAGCUCUACUCAGUCUCCCAGAUCUGCACCGGUCCCUCCCGCCUCCAGAAACGCCGCUGGGAAGACACAAAACCUUCGGAAUUCGCUUGCUCGCCAGAAGUCCAGCUCUUCGCCAGCAAAGUGCAGGAGGAGGUGAACGGAAACUUGAGCCUCUCCUGCUCAGUCUCCGGCGAUCCUGAACCCGAGCUCUGGUGGCUGUUCAACGGUUCACCCAUCAACCUCACUCGUCCCGACAACCCAACCAGCAGCAUCAUCGUCACAUCCAACUCCAACUUCUACAGAUCGUCCGAGAGCGAUGUCCCUAGGAAAUGGAGCAACAUCACGAUUUACAACACAAGUGACUCUGACGCUGGCGAGUAUUCCUGUCACGCGAAAAACCUAGCCGGCGCUGACCACGAAACCGUGAACAUUGUGGUGCCAAGAGUGCUCACUGCCCCAACACUAUCCCAAACGGACAAUUGGCUGUUGUGGGUCAGUUUAGCUGGUGGUGGGGCUGUCGCCCUUUGCGCCUUCAUUCUGGCAGUUCUUUUGACCGUCUGCUUGUGCGGCAACUCGAGGAGACGAAGCAGAAGGGAAAAAGUCAAGCUGCAGGGAAGCACCAGCUUCGGCGACCAAGAGAAGAAGCUCUUGGAUCUGUCCGUCACAACGACGACGCCAAACGCUAAUGACAGGGGCAGUGGUCAGGGCAGCCUUGCUGACACUUCCUGCAGCCCCGGUGACCUUGAACUAGCGGAGAGAGCUUCCAUAUGCGACGCUGCCACUGUCACAGUCGAGAGACUGAGGCCUGACUGCAGCAUUCAGACGGUCAGAACUGUUAAUUGUCCAGCUGGCUUCCUGCCGCCACCGCCAGAAUUCACCGGUGGCGGUGUCCUUCCUUCCGGAAUAUUCGGGAAUAUAUUCAUAUCUGUGUCAAUGCCACAGGAUGCGGAGAGGUGCUAUCCUGAUUUGCUCGAUAUUCCGGUUCAUGCACCGGCGAUCGUUGAUAAGUGCCAUGUUUCGAGUGCAUUGCCAACUGGAUCAAUUAUAUCCAGUUUCGCUACUUUACCGAGGAGGACUCUCAGGGCGGAUGGUGGCUCGCAGUACGAUAAUAUGGGGCCACGUGUCACUGCUACUGGUAGCUCGACGUUCUCGUUGACCGAUGAUUUGAGGCUCUCGCCACCGCCACCGCCACCGUGUUUUAUUAAACCGCCGAUUGAAUUUGUCUCGUUGUAAGGAGCGGGAGUGGUUGUGGGGGUCCUUGUGUGUUUGGUACUGUAUGGGGUUAUAAGUAUUUGAAUUGAGACUCUAUGUGGGUGUGAAUAUCACAUGAAUUGGAGAAUCCUGGAUUCGCGUUUUGGAAUUUUUUUUCGGGGUUGAAGGGGAGACGGGGAAAUUUUGAAGUCCUCAUUUUUAUGGGCGAUGGCAUAUGUUGAAAAGGGAGAAUGUUGCCCCGUGAAUUAACGAAAUUUUUUUUUUUACCUUUAAAAUCGUUCAAGUACCUCAGGUUUCAUCCGAUUGACUAUUUUUUUUUUCAAAAUGUUUGAUUGUUUCCAAAGAAAAUGGUAGCCAUUUUAUGAGCCGUUAAAUCGAUCAUUGAAAAAUUGGAAGAAAUGAAAAAUUGAUAAA